AUUCUCACGACAGCUAACUUUGAGAGGGAUGACUGUAACUCAAUUUGAAAUUUUCUCAACGAAUUGAGUGUAGCUACAGUUUAUGUUUUCAGCAUUCUUCUCUUAAUUAAACUCGUAUUUUAAUUUUGAAAGAUUCGAAAUGUCCAACAGUAUCGUCUCUCAUCUUAAUUUGAAUCUUGAACAUUUUCACAUGUAUUAUUCAACAGUGACUCCAUUUAGUCAAGUGAUUUCUGAACUUAAUUUGGAAAGUAACUUUAAUCAAUCUUACCAUUGUGUCUUCAAUCGAAUUAUAUUGACAUCCAAAUCAGUUUUUGAUAUCAAGAGGCUCAAAUUAAUCAAGCCUAUUGAUCAGUCAAGGUUAAAAGAAAACUUGAAAGAACGUCUUGGAGCAUAUUACCAUUCUCAAAAUGUUUCUAGCAACUCCAUUAGGCUAGAUUAUGUUCUUAGUUACUAUUCGAGUCCACCAUUCAGUAAAUUUAUAAGAAUGCUUGAUCCAGUUUCUACAAAUUACCUGAUUCGUGCUUGCUCAUUCUUCGAAUUUAUCGAUGAUUCAUUUAUUUUGCAAAGAACUGGCCCUUAUUUUUGCGAUUUCGUAUGGAAUAAAGAUCCUCCAAUAUUGGAAUCAUCGCGAUUUAUAAAUCCCAACAAAGACAGUGCCAAAAGACAGAUUGAAACAGAUGACUUGCCGCGCAAGAAACUUUAUCCAGCCUGCGAUAAUUGGUGUAACAAAUUUAAAAGUUUAGAUCGUCACAGUCUACCUCCAAUUACCAAGAAGAAAAUGUUGUACGGUAAACAAAAUUAUCGUUAUUUUAAUAGUUACCUUGAUGUCACACCUCGAAAUCUCACCUCAAGAAUUUUCAGUUCAGUUGACACUGAAGUAAAAGAUCAACUACCAUUGGAACCACUGACAAGUACUUUAGAUCAAACCUUGAAACUCAGCAAACGUUGUAAAUUUAUAAAUCUUUUGCACAAAUUCUGUCCUGCUGUUGACACAACGAUAUCUUUGGAUUCAUCAGAAGCAACGCAAAGCUCACUAAAAAGUUACAAUGAUCACAAUCAAGUCAUCUCUUUCAUGUACAGUGUUUAUCAUCAUUUGUUUCCUCAAAAAAUUUUUGGAUCUCGUUCUAAUUGUCAAGGCAUUUUUGAAAGAUUGAAAUUAUUGGUGACCACUGGGAGUAAAGUGCGGUUCAUUGUCUCUAACUUCAGACCACCAUCUCUAGAUCUAGACUCUUGUGGUUGGAUGAACAAUUUAAAAUGUAUACACAAAAAAAUUUACAUUUUUGAUUUCUUUCUUUUCUGGUUGGUCGAAUAUUUCAUUAAUCUGCUGAAGAAUCAUUUUUAUAUUACUGAGUCAACAAGCUCAAAAUUAUAUUUUUACACUUAUCCUGUUUGGAAUAGUAUCCAGGACAAAUACAUCAAUAAACUAGUCAAAGAAGGUAAACUUAAACCUGUUGAAAUUCAAGAGAUUAAACAAGAAACUCACAUGGACAAGCUUUUAUUAAGAAGCUCGAAUCUUCGAUUUAUACCUCGAUCUCGUAAAUUAAGAAUAAUCAACAGAUUACGAAUAGCUGGUAAAAAUGAGACUCGUACUUGUCUUCAGGUGUUAUCUUAUUUUCUCGGUCGAAUGGUUUGUUCCUCAGCAUCACAAAGGCAUCGACAAAAUAUUGCUAAACUUCAAACAAUGAUGAAGUUGUCUGAAAGUAAAAAACUUUACUUUGUUCGUGUCGAUAUCGUCAAUUGUUACCCUUCCAUCGAUCAAGGAAAAUUGUUUGACUUAGUCUGCAAUCAACUCGAACAGCAGUUUUCCUAUGCAACAACGAAAGAUCCAUUGAAAAUUAAAGAAUUUGAUUUGGUUAAAUCAUGUGUUACUAAAUUAGCUGUCAAAAAACACCAUUUUAGUAAUGAAAGCAGGACACAAUUCACCGAACUAAUAAAUCGACUUUCAUCUAACCAAAAUAAUUGUGUGGUUGUUCCCAAGCGUUCAUUAACUAAUUAUUUUCUGCAAGAUAUACGAGCUUUAUUUCGGAGUUACAUUUUAACACCUUAUCUGCGUCUUGGACCGAAUCGCUAUUAUCAACUUCUCAAAGGAAUUCGUCAAGGAGGAGCAUUAUCGAGCGAUUUGUGCUCGUUUUUCAUCAGUCACGUAUUAGAUCGAGUGAUUGAUGAUUUUGGCUUACAGAAUGAAGAAGCUCGUUUAAUAAUUGAAGACGAUAUAGUCUUUGUUACUUCUUCGCUUGAAAGAGCACAACGAUACUUGUCUUUAAUGUUGAAUGAUUUUCCGAAGCAUGGUUUGGAGAUAAACACCAAGAAAUUACAAUUCAACUUUGAUUUUCCAACAAACGGUCUUUGCCAAUCAGAAUUUUUCACAUUUUUCGGUCGAGAUAUCUAUUUGAAUUCCAAAAAAGUUCUUUCUAAUUAUGACAAAUAUCAAACUGAGAGCUGCCAAUAUUUCUUUAAUUGUAACCCUUUUACUCCGAAGAAUGAGCUUCGCAAAAGUUUAAUAAAUCAGCUUAAUUUAUCGAUGUUACCCUGGGAUCUCGACUGCAGUAUGAAUGAUGAUAAAUCCGUUGCACUGAACAUUUACCAGAGAGCUUUAUUACAGUCGUCCAGAUUAUCCUGUUAUCUUGUUUCUUCGCCAAAAUACCGUUCUCUGCAGGUACCCAAGUAUUGGAUAAAAUUUGCAACCGGUUUUGCAAAGCAUUUAUUUGCCAUAAAAGAAAAAUGGAUUGCGAGAGGUUUAAUCGAUUGUCCAUUUACAUUAAAUUUUAUAAAAUGGUUAAUAAGCGAAGCCAUCUACAAGCAACUCGGAACUUUGAGAAUGAGACAUCGUAAAACUGAGAAAGAAAUGUUUGAAAAAUUCGUAAAGACUUCACGGAAAAAUGUUCCGCAUAUGAUUCGUACCAAUUUUUUUACAUAUGUUUUGAAAGAAAACACUUUUAAUAUAAACACUGUGAUUUAUCUUUGAAUUCAGUCAUUAAACGAUGCACUGUGAUAAUCUCAAAUAGAAGUGGUUGAUUUAAAUAAACAAUAUCGACAGAACCGAUGUGUAUUAGUAUGCAUACUGAAUUUAUUUCUUGAUUUUUCAAAGCUACACUAAACAUAUAUCUGUUUCCAAUCCUUCAACUCAAGAAUCUUUUUCUGGGUACUUAAAUUAUACUCGAUUUACCAGAAAGUUAACGAACAUAAUCAUGUAAGUCUAGAACGUAGCACAUAUGUAGCAUUAACUUAACUUUGAAGUUACCUGAC